AAAACAAAAAUAAAAAACAGCUGUUGUUGUCAGUUUUUUUGCUAGGUUAGUUUUGCUUCAGCACGAAAAUACUGUAAAAAAUGUCGAAAAUAAUAUUCAACGCAAUUAAAAAUUCGCGUAAUAUUAGCAAUAAUAUUAAUAAAAUAACCAGCAGCCAUGUAGUGGCUAAACGUUACUUAAUGCAAACUAACUACGGUGCAGCAGUAACAACACACAACAAAUCGACAUUAUUGGAAACACCCAAAAAUAAGCAAAUUUUACAAAAUUUCCAAAGAUCCAUGUUUAUACAAACCCAGGAUACACCUAAUCCCGACAGUUUGAAGUUUCUACCCGGUGUAGAGGUAUUAGGUAAAGGCAGUACCUAUGAUUUUCCCUCAGUAUCCGCCGCCUAUUGUAGUCCCCUGGCUAAACUUUUGUUCCGCAUUGAGGGUGUACGUGCUGUGUUUUUUGGUGCCGAUUUUAUAACCAUCUCCAAGCAAGAAGAGUCCGAAUGGGCUGUAAUUAAACCGGAAGUUUUUGCUGUUAUAAUGGAUUUCUUUGCUAGCGGUUUACCCAUUUUAAAUGAAGCAAAACCCAAUACUGACACCCAAAUCGAAGAUGACGAUGAUGAUGUUGUUAUGAUGAUCAAAGAAUUGCUAGACAGUCGUAUACGACCCACUGUUCAGGAAGAUGGUGGCGAUAUUAUUUUCAUGGGCUAUCAAGAUGGUAUUGUCAAAUUAAAAAUGCAAGGUUCUUGUUCCUCCUGUCCCAGUUCGAUUGUUACCUUGAAGAAUGGUGUUGAGAAUAUGUUGCAAUUUUAUGUACCCGAGGUACAGGGUGUCGAACAGGUUUUCGAUGAGGUGGACAAGAUAAUCGAUAAGGAAUUUGAUAAGUUUGAGAAAAAUCUCAAAGUUAAAGACGGUGCAACAACAGAUAGCAAACAGUAGAGAAUAUUUAAGAGUUGCAUACAUAUAUUUGUUAAAUUUAUAGUUUGUUGUUAAAAAAUAAGGCAAUAUGAUAGAGAAAUAAAUAAAUGUUUAAAAUAGA